AUGGAUGAAGACUUUAGUGAAUUAAUGGCGCGUUUAACAGUGCAGGAGCAAGACAUAGAUCCUAUAAAAGUAUCUUUACAGGACCUGUUCGAUGAACACUAUAUCAAACCGGGGGAUAUUUUAUAUUAUGAGAAAACUAUCGAUGACACAACAUUAACAUAUCACGGUAGUGCUUAUGAAUAUUUUUCCAUCAUACGAGAUGAUGAAAACAUAGGAAAAAUUUCUGAGUUAAGAAAACAAUAUGUAGGAGAUCAUAAAAUAGUAAAGAACCCAUAG